AUCGUUGUAGGGAGAGGUAGUCACUGCUAGAAUUCUAUAGUUUUAAUUUAAUUGUAAAUUCGAUUCAAUAAACAAUGGAACUUAGAGCGAUUUUAAUGUUGAGCGGUUUUCUUAUCUCCACUGAGAUCGCUGGUUAUGCUAUAGAAAGUGCCUGCCGAACAUAUGAGGGAACUUAUGGUGACUGCAUUCCUUUGCAGAAUUGUGAUAGUUUAUUUAAAAUUGCUUUGAAACCAGAUCUACAAGUAGCAGACAUAUAUUUUAUUAGAAGACGAAAAUGUGGCGUUGCCAAUAAUAUACACUACGUUUGCUGUUUAAAAGAGGAAAAUCGAGUAUCUCCAAAACCUACUUAUAGUACCUGCCAGACACCAAACUCUGUUCUUGGAUUAUGUAAACCCAUUAAGGGUUGCAGCGUCUUAAUGAAUCUGGUUCGGAAAUCAACGAGAACAUCUAAUGAAACAAGCUUUCUGCAAAAGAGUCAAUGCGGAUAUGUAAAUGGAGAUUUUAUGGCUUGUUGUCCGGUACACCCAACUGUAUCAGAAAUCCAGACGACGGCCACGUCAAUCGCGGCAGGUAAGCAACAUCUAUCGUUAUGGACUAUCAAAUAUGAUGGCUUUGCCUGA